AUGGCGAGACCAGGUACAGGGGCGCAAGGCCCCGGCCCUCCGGACACAGAAGACGAGGAGAAGAUGCGCGCGGAAGCAGAAUCCCCUGCGACUGCCCGUAGAGACGACGCCAUCAGGGCUUGGACGCAAAGGGAGCAUGCUAUUUUCAUUAAAUAUUUGAGUGGCGAUUUGGACUUGCAGCACCCACCGAAUUUCAUCAAGGAGAUCCUGGCUAGUGAACAUCGGGCCAUGGUCGAAGACAUGCACGAGACUUACUUUAAUGUAACCCUCACUGCUAUUGUACCGGCAUCCGCGCACAAAUACUGGAUGCGGAAUAUGCCCGAAAGACACGCACCGAGAUAUAUGACAACAGUGAUGCAGGACAGUUCACCCGACGGGGCAACACCAAUGAAUGCUACCCAUGAAAUCGGGCACGAGGGUAACGUAACACGGCGGACCGGUGAAGCAAGAAUGGCCCCACAAAACACCGAUAAUCGUUUCGAACAAUUUCAACAACAUGAAGCUAUGGGUAUGUUCAGUGUACUCGCAGACUCGGACAGUGAGGCGGACGAGGGUGUGAAUGCCAUGCAAGUUGACGAGGCUGGCCUGGACCAAUCGUGUCCACUUACACCUGAGCAGGAGGAGGCUCCAUAUGCGUACCCACAGAAGGAGGACGAAGAAACAAAAGACGAUAGGGUGCACGGCUUCGAGGAAGGGGAGCAAGCACAGACUAUUGUACAGCGGACUGGGAGUGUCGACGAUGUUGCCAUGACUCAGGUGACGGACGAUGAGGACGGAACAGCUGAACACCGCACGACACCAGCAGAAGAAAACGCAGGCACUGAGGAGGACAUCAAGCCCUCGAAGGCACUGGAAGCCCAAUCAGCGACUGCUGUGGUCCGAGUGGCAAGAAAAGCGAAGCAACAACUUGAGUAUCCUGCUCCACCUCGAAUUAAGGCCGCUGCACCUGCAUCCCUGACUGAGGAGGUGGUCCCAGCAACCCCGGAUUCUCAGGAAAAAAUGACCAUGGGCCCGACUCGGACUGGCACGGACGCUGGGGAUUCAGACCUUCCUAUCCAAGUCGGUCAAUGGUUGGCCAGCUUUGACGGUACAAUGGUUGAAGUGGAGGCGAAUGGGCAGUGCGCCCUCCUGGCUCUGUACGCUUCUACAGUGAACCAUCCUGCAGCAAAGCUCAAGACUACCAAAGCAGUAGUGCGCGAGGCUACCUCAUUUAAGGAUUCCUUCUAUGCCUUAAUGAUGUCCAAUAUUCGGAAAGAUGUUGCGCUGGGGUUAGUGGACCCGAUCGCGGAGUGGAAGGAAGACAUCAACUCCCUAAAGGACACGGAACGCUCAGUGGACUUGACCACGAUUAACCAUCUUGCCGACGUCACCGAGGUGAAUAAGCUGCUCAUUAAACGAUUGGAAAUGCGGACACGUCUAGAUUUCGUCCAUGCAAGACAGGGACUGGCGAUCCUUAAUGUCGACCCGUUACCUUCUGACUUGAAGGAUGUUCUACAUAUAGAAGAACAACACAUUCACGAAGCCUACGGCAUGGACACAUAUGCAGCUUCGUCCCAAGAGGACCAAAGCGGGGGCCAUCAGGGUAGCAGUCUUCCACAGCGAUACGCCAAGGCUGCCUCCGGGGACAUCAUUGCCAACACCUACUUUCGUAUUCUCCGACAAUCAAAUUCGGUAGCGAAGGAGGAGGUGGAUGGUCCUCUAGAAGAUUUAAUCGCCUUGUCCAACCAAGAAGCAUUCAUCAAAUGGCGUGAUCUUUUCAAGGAGGAACUGUCCUUGCCAAAGAUGAAACGAAGGAAGGUCACCUCCGCCGACAUUCAAGAAUGGCUUCUCGCUCACCUUGAAGCGCUCCGGCAUUUCUUCGCCUUCAUAUCCUUUCUUGAGUACGAAGCGAAAACCAGGUGGUCACAAGACCACCUUCUGCAGUGGGGAGUUAUGGAAACGGCGCAACCAACACACAUCAGUACCGAAGCAUGGCACAUACUACACAUCCUGUCACACGUGGUGUGCGACUGGGCAGAUACACCAAUGGUCGGGCUCCCCUCGGUGCCCGGUCAACAUGACCCGUGA